CCGCAAAAUAUAUAAAUUAUUUUUAGCAACAGAAAACUGAAGGAAAGGAAGUUUUAUAUCCAGAUGAACAGGAUUGAAUAAUAUGCAGUAAAAUGUCCGACAGUGAUGAUACAUGUAGUUCUCUGGAUAAUUCCUUCAAUUUGGAUUCAAGUGAAGAUGAAGAUCCAGAAAGGGAUACCAGUACAUUCUUUGCAGGUACUGUCAAAGUAUCAAUAACAGUCGGCAGAACAACAAUAUCAGUUGUUGAGGGGGAUGUCUCUAAUCAACAGGUUGAUGUUAUUCUGAACAGCACAUCAAAGAAGUUAGACUUGAAUGCUGGUAAAGCUUCUAAAGCACUACUAACAGCUGCCGGUAACAGUUUACAGACAGAGUGCAAGGAGAAAUAUCCAAAUGGGAUACAGGCUGGUGAAGUCGCCAUAACAGGGGGAGGUAAUCUGAAAUGUCAGAAUGUCUUCCAUACAUCUUUAUUGAAAUGGAGUGAAACAAAUUCAAAACAGGUCCACAAAUCAUUUAUACAGAAAAGCCUAUCAGAAAUGGACAGUAGAGGUUUGACAUCAAUGGCUUUUCCCGGAUUGACCACUGGUUACCUCAGGUUCCCCAAGCGAGCGGCAGCUAAAUCUAAAUGUAUUAACAUCCAAGAAUACUUUGAGAACCACACGGAUACUUCUAUAACUGACAUCAGAUUUGUCAUUCACUCUUCUGACCAAAGGACAUUAAAUGCUUUCAUUGCUGAAGUAAAGAGAUGGAGAUCUUUUAUCAAUCAAUCUGUCCAGUGCAGAGAUGUAUUUACUACUCAGAUAGGAAACACAAGUGUCAAGGUCAAAAUAGACAAAAUGCAAGAACAAGAUGUUGAUGUGAUUGUGAACAGUGUCAAUUCUCAGCUGAAGUUGGAUAAAGGUUCCCUGUCUCACACACUGGUUUCUGUUGGUGGCAAUUCCUUACAGACAGAAUGCACAAACAAAUAUCCUAAUGGUGUACAAGUUGGACAAGUUGCAGUGACAUCUGGCGGCAAUUUAAAGUGUAAACAAGUCUACCAUAGCUGUAUAGGGGAUUUUAAAAAUCAGGACAAGUCUGAAUCAAAAAAGUCUAUUCAAGAAAUGGUGAAGACCUGUUUAGACACAGCACACACUAACAGUAUGACUUCCAUUGCGUUUCCAUGCCUAGGUACAAGAUACAGACAUUACCCAGCCAAGCUGUCUGCCGAGGCAAUGUUUGAUGGUAUACGAGACUUCACAGCUAACAACAUGUCAUCAUCUGUAUCAUCUGUUAUCAUUGUAGUGUACGGUUCUAACUGUGAAAAUAUUGCAAAGGCUUUUGAAGCAGAAGGAAAUUCCAAUGCUACAGGAGGCCAAUCAGUUGUUAAGGGAACAAAGGAGUUCUGUUCAAAGAUGUAUCAAACAGAAUUGUAUCCCCCUAAAUCUUGGACCCAUUACAGUUCAGUAAAGUCAGCAAAGCAGUGGAAAAGUAGUAAACCUGAAGAUGGGAAGUAUUUUAAACUAAUUGAAAUUCAAUCAACGGACAAUGUUUACCAAGCCAUUGAAAGUUUGGUUCAGGACACAUGGGAAAGUGGGAAAGUAGGUCAUGGUCGUGAUGCAGCAGGUCUUGGAGGUCACACAAAACUUGUCGUGAAGAAAAUAGAAAGACUUGAAAAUAUUGAUUUGUGGGAAUCAUAUGGCCAUCUUAGGUCACAACUCUUUCACAAGGCAUCUGACAUUGACAUAUUUGAUCCUCUUGAAAACUUGCCAAAUUCAAAAGGACCAAUCAAAACAUCAGAAAAUAUUCAGUCCGUCCUAGAAAAUGAAAUUUACCCUGAAGUCAAUGAGGUUUACCUAUUUCAUGGAACAAAAGCUGACAACUUCGAUGCAGUGAUGUCCAAAGGAUUAGAUUUCCGUAUGGCAGGGGAUAAAGCUAUGUUUGGUACUGGAACUUACAUGGCCGAAAGCUCUACUAAAGCUGACCAAUACACAGAUCCCAGGAACAAUAGAUCAGCAGAUGAGAAGAAAAUGAUACUUGCCAGAGUUUGUUUAGGAAAGAUCUGCCUACUACAGAAAGCCAUGAGUAACCUUAAGAAACCUCCAUGUUCUUCUUGCCAGCAGGUGGCUUGUGAGCAUGGCAGUGGGCAUGCAUGUGAUAGUGUUGUAGGUGAUGGUGGCUGGAUCUUCAGAGAGUUUAUUGUUUACAAUCAAUUUCAAGCCUACCCAGAAUAUGUUAUAACUUAUAUACGUCAGUAAAACUGUUUACCAUUAUUGAUAAUUUAUGAUAUUUAUAGGUUUGUUUAAAAUUUUAUUUAAAAUUUUGUUCAUAAUUUUAUUUAUUAUUUUUUUAUAAUUUUUUUCUUAA